UCUUCAUGUAAAGAUUUGUAGAAAUGUCGCAGUACUUUUGCGAGAGCUCGCAAAAAUUUGCGUUUUUUUUCAAACACAUUGUUUUUUCUCUCCAUGUCCCCGAAUACAAUUCUGAGAAAACAGUGCAACGUUUAACGUGUUAGUGCUUUGGUCACGUGACCAAGUGUCCACUGUUAAGCGAAAAGCAAGAUGGCGAGCGACACGACAGCCACACCACCUGGCUCCGUACAGUGUCCGGUUUGUUUUAAAGACUUCAAUUCUGACGUUAUUAACGGUCAUCUCGACAUUUGUCUGCUAAAGAGCGACACUGACAACAGUUUGUUGACGGACAGCGGCAGGCCGCCUACGAAGAAGUUUUGUUCCGAAGCAUCGCCACACCUCCCCGGUAGUGGUGACCAUUCUACAGCGCCCUCCACUUCUUUGGGUGUAUUCUCCAUGUUCCACGGAAACAAGAGUAAAGUGCCACUUCAAAAUGACACAUACGCUUCAUUGACUAACAAACAACCCGGUUGCAAUAAAGGAGUUAAGCGAAGUUUGCCAGCCGAACCUGAAGCCCUAUGCUUGGGAACGCGGAAGAAGAUUGACGGACAGACAUUGAACGCAGCACAGACUGUCAACCUCCGGACCCUGUUGACGUCAAACAAACCACUGGCGGCGAUGCUCAGACCAAACACGCUGGAAGAAUACUUUGGUCAAAGCAAAGUUGUGGGCCAAGAGACCCUCAUGCGAACCAUGUUGGACUCUCAGGAAAUACCCUCUCUUAUCCUUUGGGGACCUCCAGGAUGCGGAAAGACCACUCUGGCUCACAUCAUAGCCAGCACCAGUAAGAAGAAGGGCUCAGCUCGUUUUGUAAAGCUCUCUGCCACCAGCUCUUCUACCGCCGAAGUGCGAGAAGUUAUCAAACAAGCUGAGAACGAACUGCGCCUGUGCAAGAGGAAGACCAUCCUGUUUGUCGAUGAAAUUCACCGCUUCAACAAAUUACAGCAGGACACUUUCCUUCCUCAUGUAGAAUGCGGAACUGUCACUCUGAUCGGUGCCACCACAGAGAACCCGUCCUUCCAGGUGAACUCCGCUCUGCUGAGCAGGUGCAGGGUGCUUGUCCUCGAGAAGCUCUCCGUGGAGGCGAUGGGCUCGAUCCUGGAACGGGCCGUGGCUGCUCUCGGAAUAAGAGUGCUGGAACAGGAACAAGCCAGUCCCAAACACACUGACCAAACGAAUGGAAACAAUCCAAAGAUUUACAUCGAGCAAAAAGCUCUGGACACCAUUGCCUACCUUUGCGACGGUGAUGCGCGAGCAGGGCUCAACAGUCUGCAGCUGGCUGUUCAGGCUCAGGCUGGCCUAUUAGGACCAGACAGUUCCACGGAGGAAAUAGUUGUGAAGGAAGAACAUAUCAAGGAGGGUCUCCAGAGGUCUCAUAUUCUCUACGACAAUGCCGGCGAGGAGCAUUACAACUGUAUCUCAGCAUUGCAUAAGUCCAUGAGAGGGUCCCAUGAAAACGCUGCCCUCUACUGGCUGGGGCGUAUGCUGGAAGGUGGAGAAGAUCCACUCUUUGUGGCUCGUAGGCUUGUCUGCUUUGCCAGCGAGGAUGUGGGUCUUGCAGAUCCCCUUGCUCUUCCUCAAGCUGUGUCCACGUUCCAAGCCUGUCACUUCAUUGGGAUGCCUCAAUGUGAGGUCAAUCUGGCUCAGUGUGUGGUCUAUCUUUCACGAGCGCCCAAAUCCAUGGACGUUCAUAUGGCCUACAAUAACGUGAAGGACUGUCUGCGGAACCACAAAGGCCCCAUGCCUCCUGUCCCGAUCCACCUGCGCAACGCAUCCACCCGCCUCAUGAAGCAGCUGGGAUAUGGCAAAGGCUACACUUACGAUCCCACAGUGGAGCAGGAGUACUUGCCCGAAGAGCUGCAGGGGGUUGACUUCUUCACCUGGAGGCCCUCAGGGCCGUGACAGUCGCUGUAGGAGAUUAGGAAGGGACCUGUGAGUCGAAUGACUGAAUGACCGUCACAUCCUCAUAAGGCAAAACAACACUGAACAUUACAUCCAUUAACAUCUGGGACUGUGCCUUCAAGUUAUGUUCAGCUUAUUCCCAUCUCCAGUCUACUCGCCUUGAUGGAGAAUGACAUAAACUACAAAUAAACUACACAGUCAAAUCUAAAACUAGAAAUGCUGCAACUUCAUGAUAAUGUGUAAUAAUCACUAUCAUGCAGUUUUGUUAAAUACACAUAGGCAUGUUGCUUUUUCUUUAUCUUGCAAGUUUAAAAAAAUAAAUAUUGACUGAUUUAAUCAUUUCCCACGAUUUUCAAGCCCCUGACAUAAUCAUGGGUCACAAUUUAGUUUAGCCAAUGCAAAGAGCUAUACUGAAAAUUCAAUCUUUCUGAAGAAAUGCUUGACAGGGAGCUGUUAAUUUAACAAUAUGGGUAUUGUUAUGGUUAUAGAUUGAAGUUCUUUAGUAUUCUUCAUCAUAUUCUGCCCAUUUCAUGUAUCUAAUCAAGGAAAACAAAAUAUCAGAAACAUCUCUCCUGAUGACGCAGCACAGUUCAACACCUUUGUAUGACAAUGACAUUGAAUAAAAAGCAAUCAUUAAAGAA